ACAUGUUAGAGGCAGUCAGGGCCGCGGAGCAGCACGUCUAGACGGGGUAACGGAGCCCUUUCAGAGAUGGGCCACUUCGCCCAAAGAGGAAGAAGACGAAUGUGAACUGUGUAGCUACGACCUGGACUCGGUGUGGUGUUUCUGGACGCUCAUAUGCAAGAGUUAUUUAUUGUUUAAAAAUGUGGGAGAUGGUGGCGUUACCGAGAGCGAGCUCUCCCUUCCUGUCGUCUAGGACAAGAUGGCAGCAAUGCAGGCGAACUGUGCAUGGUGUGGAUUUAUAAGUCCAUAACAUGUUCACAGAAGCCCUGGAUUAUACUCACAGUGACUCUAUGUGAAGGUAUGGCCUCACAAGUCUUGGUCUACCCACCACACAUUUAUCAAACCCAGACAAGUGCCUUUAGCAGUGUGAAGAAACUAAAAGUUGAGCCCAGCAGCUGUGUGUACCAUGAGAGGGCACACCCGCAGACUUAUCUGAACAGCAGAACCCUCGGAAUUGUGCACCCAACAAAACAAACCCACUCGUUUUUGAACCGAGACUUGGCUGUGGGCGUGAAAGUGCGUGGAGGACAAGAGUACGCGGUGCAGACGGUGGUGGUACGUGGCGUACAGAGACAACAGCCUGGUAAUAGAAGAAGAGGAGGAGGAGGAGGAGGAGGAGGAGGCCCAGCUGCAGGCCAGCAGCAACAGGAGGCAGGAGUUGUCCACUCACAGGGCAAGGAGCAGCAGCAGCAGCAGACAGACACAGCAAGUGGGGGCAGCAGUGGAGCAACAGGGGCAGGAGGAGGGGGAAGGGGAGAGGGCUGCAGUGGAGGAGGUGAGGGAGGUGGAGAGGAGGAGGGUGACAGAGAAGACAACUGUGGAGGUUUGAACUCAGCCGACAGCUCUCAGCGAUGCGGGCUGAAACGUAAAAGUGAGGAGCUGGAUAACCGAGGGAGCACCAUGCAGAUUGUGGAGGAACUGUCAAUGUUGCCUGCCAUGAUGCAAACGACGAAUGUGGGGAACGCAACCAUGACUGCGCCUGCGGCCGUGGGGGCUGGAGGGGGCCCCUCGAAACACGGUGUAGGCGCAGCAGGAGGGACCGGAGGAGCGGAUGGGGACUAUCAGGUUGUACAGCAUGAAGUCCUGUGUUCCAUGAAGAAUACCUAUGAAGUGCUGGAUUUCCUGGGACGUGGCACAUUUGGCCAGGUUGUAAAGUGCUGGAAGAGGGGCACGGGCGAGGUAGUGGCUGUGAAGAUCCUGAAGAACCACCCUUCAUACGCACGGCAGGGUCAAAUCGAAGUGGGCAUCCUUGCUCGUCUGAGCGGGGAGAAUGCAGAUGAGCACAACCUGGUGCGAGCCUUUGAAUGCUUCCAGCACCGCAGCCACACCUGCCUGGUGUUUGAGAUGCUUGAGCAGAACCUGUACGAUUUCCUGAAGCAGAAUAAGUUCAGCCCGCUGCCCCUGAAAGUGAUCAGACCUGUGCUACAGCAGGUAGCUACAGCUCUGAAAAAGCUGAAGAGCAUGGGUCUGAUUCAUGCAGACCUCAAGCCGGAGAACAUAAUGCUGGUGGACCCGGUGAGACAACCCUACAGGGUUAAGGUGAUAGACUUCGGCUCAGCCAGCCAUGUGUCCAAAGCAGUGUGCUCCACGUACCUCCAGUCUCGGUACUAUAGGGCUCCAGAGAUUAUUUUGGGAUUGCCGUUUUGUGAAGCCAUAGACAUGUGGUCCCUAGGCUGUGUGAUAGCUGAACUUUUUCUGGGCUGGCCCCUCUACCCUGGGGCCCUGGAGUACGACCAGAUUCGCUACAUUUCUCAGACACAAGGUUUCCCAGGGGAACAUUUAUUGAAUUCGGGGACAAAGACAGCACGGUUCUUUUGCAAAGAGUCCGACUCACCCUAUACAGCAUGGAGACUAAAGUCAACAGAUGAGCAUGAGACGGAGACGGGAAUGAAAUCAAAGGAAGCCAGGAAGUACAUCUUCAGCUGUUUGGAUGACAUAGUGCACGUGAACUUGGUGAUGAAUCUGGAAGGUAGUGACUUGUUGGCGGAUAAGGCAGACCGUCGGGAGUUUGUGGGUCUGCUGAAGAAGAUGUUGUUGAUUGAUGCGGAGGAGAGGAUAACCCCUGCCGAAGCUCUCAGCCACCCCUUUGUGACAAUGCAACACCUGCUCGACUUUCCCCAUAGUAACCAUGUGAAGUCAUGUUUCCACAUAAUGGAUGUUUGCUGGACUCGUCCCAGUGCGUAUGAGGCGGCCAACAGAAAUAAAGGGCCUUUCAUCAGACCUGUAACCACAACAGCUGCUGCCUCUGUCAACCACCCAUUCAGCAAGAUUACCGGGGUCCACGCUCAAGGAUUGGCCCCAUCAGCCCAAUCAGUGAUGCACCCUGGGAUUCCAUUGCAGACAGGAAGUGGUCAGUUUGGAUGCAGCGAUUCAUUUCAACAGGCACUCAUUCUUUGUCCCCCAACCAUUCAAGGAAUCCCCACCAACACAGCUAAACCAGCAGGCUACUCCGUUCGAAUGGAGGGCUCUGUGCCUCUGGUCACUCAAGCACCUCCCAUCCAGCCCCUACAAAUCAGACCUGGAGUCAUCACACAGGCAUGGCCCAACCGUGCCCAGCAGAUCUUGGUGCCCACUUGGCAGCAGGUGACAUCAGUGCCUCCACCACCAACCACUUUGGCAUCUGACACUGUGGCCGGCUCACAAAGAUUGGGUGACUGGGGGAAAGUGCGUCCCCAUGGUAACCAUUACAGCUCCAUGAUUGCACAUUCUCAGCCAUUCUUAACCAACCAAAUGACCAUGUCCGCCCACCAGCCAAUCAACAUAGGCAUUGCACAUGUGGUGUGGCCGCAGCCAGCUGCCAACAAGAGGGCCAAGCCUUGUGUGAACAGGGGCAGCAACUUCUCCCAAAACACAUACGUCCAAAACAUAGCAUGCCAGUCCCCAAAGAUGGCCGAUACAGCAAAGAAUGUGCAGCAGGUAGAAGCCAGAUGCCCAGAGGAAGGGCGUACUGCUAGAGAGGAGCAAGGAACAGAGCAGGUGGAAGAGGAUGAUGAGAACUGCUGUAAAGUGCAGCCCGACUGUGAGGAGCUUUCAGUUUCGCAGGAGCAGCGGCAGGCUAUGGUGAUCUCUGACCUAGCUAGCCCGACCGUAAGUGUCAUCAGUAUCAGCAGCGACGAAGAGGAGGGCGCACAAAGACACUCAAUGGGGGAGUGUAAGGGCAGUGCAGCUUGUGAGGCGUGUCAGAGCACCGUCAGUAUGGAGAGGGUCUGCUCCCUCAGCAGUCCAGACAGCACGCUCAGCACCAGCUCUUCAGCCUCAGCCCAGUCCAGCACCUCACCCUGCAAACACCCCAACAGCAUGUCGGAUGACGAACAGGAGAGCGGUUGUGACACAGUGGACAGUUCGCCUGCCUCAGACGCCUCUGGCCAUAGCAACAGUCCCUUCACACAGCAACGCUUCAUCGCCGACAGCAACCAGAACUGCGAGCCCCGUGUCGCGUGUGUUGCCCCGGAAACAGAGCCCAGCAAGCCAACAGUUCGUACCGUCGUGGUGCCUCCAAUGAGAGUGCAGAACAACAACAACAACUACCCUGCUGUCAGUGACACGUAUGGCAACACAGGUCACAUGGUCUGGGAUUAUGCUGUCUUUGUAUACCACAGAGGUUCUCACAGAGUCUUCAUGCCAGUCCAAAGGGCGAGGCAUUCAUGGGCGACAUCAUCACCAGUCCACUCCCCUCCUCAACAGGCCGCAGAAGAUCACCCCUGCAUUCCAGCCCCAGCAGCCGCCUAUAGGCUUUGGCCAGGUGCAGCAUUUCGGAUCCUGCCAUCAGGAAUGGAACGGCAACUUUGCCCACCGGAGACCACAGGCCUAUAUCCCUCCUACCAUGCAUGGCCACACAUUCACCCUGUCCCACAGCAGCCCGAACCACACUACGGGCCCCCACCACCACCUUGGGGGCCACCCGCACACCCAGCCCACCAUACUGUCCUACCCCCCGUCUGGUCCUCUGGUCACGGCUGCGCCCGUGGCCCACCUCCUGGCUUCCCCUGUAGCCUCCCGCCCCGUCCUCCAGCCCACCUACGGCAUCUCCCACCCGGCAGGCAUCGUGCAUCAGGUCACAGUGGGCAUCAACCCCCGGCUGCUGCCCUCCCCCACCUUGCACCCCCAGGGCCAAUUCAAGCCCCUCUUUCCCCCGCACUCCUACAUUGCCUCGCCCGCCUACGCCAGUUUCCCCCUCAGCCCCACCAAAAUAAACCAGUACCCUUACAUGUGAGCAUGGCGGCCCAGGUACCCUUUAUACCACCGGAGGGCUAAGUGAGCAGGGCGAAAAUCUAUCUUAAACCACAAACAUGGUUCUCAUUUCCAAAACCAUGGCACAACCACAGAGAAAGCAAGCUAUUUUUUGAAUCAUGUAGACUUGUGUGUAAUUGAACUUCAAGCUUUAAAAAAAAAAAAAAAAAAAAAAAAAGUUCCAAUGGUGGUGAUGAUUUGGGCAAACAUUUAGAAGAAAUUAAUGUAUGAAUGAUUGAGUGAAAGAAUGACUGAGUAGUUAAACUCACACUUAAUGUGUUUUUUGCACAUUUGAUAUAUAUCUUUGCAUUGGAUCUUCUACGAAUACUCCUCAAAACAGGUAAAAUAAUUGGGGUGGUGUUGAAUAGUUAGACUUUGCACCCCUGAACCCAGCUAUUUUUCUAUAUUGCCUUCUUACGUGUGCAAGACACAUCCAUAUUUGUAAAGCCAUCCCAGUCUCUAGCUCUAGAUCGACAGAUUCACACGUCGUCCACGGUGUAUGUUGUACUGCGUUGGAAGUAUUUGUACCUUUUCGGUGUCUUUUGGUGUUAGCAAUGUCAAGUCAAUUAACCGAUUUAUAUAGGGUUGUUCCUCACGCUGCAUGUGGUCUUGCAUGAGCAAAAAUGUAAACGGAAAGAUGCGUAGACGUUGCUCUUAUUGUUUGUGUCACAAGACUCGCUGCAUUGUAUAACUGUCCCCAGCCAUAGUGCCUUACAUAUUUGAGGUUGUUAAUGUUACUACUUAUAUAUGACUAUAUACAUGAAUAUUAAUGUACUGGACUGCAGCACUUGAAAUUCCAAUCAGUCGAUGCAUCCUAUGUGUGAGUAUAUAUAUGCAGUCGUGUAUAUGUCCAUGCAUAGCCUGCAUGGAUGUGAUGUAUCGCGGAUAGCGGUGCUUAUCUUUUGGAGUCGGUGUAUAUUUCAGUGUGUAGUGAGUUACUUUUCUGUUCUUUCAAGAAGAACAGCAUGCUUUGCUGUUGCGAAUGCUUACUGUUUCAUUAAAAACGUUUUUUUUUCUUUUUCCGUUCUCCCUUUUCCCGAAUGAACUAGUGUACAAAAUGCAAGUACUGAGUAUUGCUUAAUAUUUGAUAAUCACUUUCUAUUUAGUGAAACUAUUAUUACAAACAGUAUUUGUACUGUUUGAUGAAACUGCAAUACAAUCUAAAUAGUCGUUGAUUCUUUUUUUUUUUUUUUUUUUUUCGUCUUCGUAUUUUCAUUUUGAGUGUUUUCACUUUGUUUCUUAGAUGUGGUGGGCAUGGCUUUGAUUAGGUAAGGAAAAAAAUGCAAAUUAAUUCACGGUAUUGAAUUUUCUAAGCCUGAGCAAACCAUGCAGUAUUCGAUAUAGACACACAUAUAUGGACAUAUAUUAUAGAGCCAGUCUAUUUAGUACAGAUGCUUGAUAAGGUGUGAGUUAAUUGUGUGCAAUUCUCUCAUUUAUGCAUGUGUGACAAAGUUAACUUUUUCCCUUUACAUUAUACCAUUUGUUAAAGGCUUAAGGCUUAUCGGUGUCUACUGCUUAUUUUAUACAUUCCGUCAGGGAGGAUAUAUACAUAUAUAUAUAUAUAUAUAUAUAUAUAUAUAUGAUGGUAGCACCAGUCUAUAUAUAUAUAUAUAUAUAUAUAUAUAUAUAUGUAGAUAUGCUGUGCGUUCAUUUUAUCUGUUCAUUUUACUAGUUAAGUGUGUAUUUUUUGUCUUUUAUUUUCAAAUGAAGUUGCUUGUGCAGCACCAAAGACUGUAAUUCAUUUCCUGAGCAAGGUAGCUAUUCUGUUUGCAUAGACCUCAAUUAUACUGUAGUUGUAGAAUGGGGUUAAAUUAAAACAAACUAAAAAAUAGUAUUUAAAAAAAAAAAAAAAAAAAAAAAAAAACGGCAAAGGUUUUGUCUAGCUUAUUGGGCAAUUAAUAAGUCGUAUCAUUUCUUUCUUGAAUGUAUCAUAGAUAAGCUGCUACAUGAUGAUUGCCACUUCGAUAGCUGUGAAAUUAGGUGAUUUCUCUGAGUUUAAACCUAGCGUUGCUAUUUUUGUAUAGGUCCCUAAUUAUCUGAAAUAGAAGUGGUUUUGAUUUUUUGUGUUUUGCGUUCAUAUUUGGAGUGUCAUUGUAACUACUGUAUUGCUGAUGAUGAACAUUAGUUGCAUUUGUUGUUUCUCGGGGUGUGUGUUUUUGCAUCAGUAUUUUAUCCUUAUUAACCUUUCGGGCUCAUCACUGCAUAUAAAUGAUGUAUCGAUGUAACUUAAUUUUUGUAUGUUUUCAUAUUGAUGUUUUGUACACAUCUGAAGCUGUAGCUUGCAGGAUUGAUUUAACUUUUUCAUUGUACGUAUAUACGGUGUACUACCAGUACUCUUUUCUGUGUUACAAGAGCACUGUGAGAUUCCAGAAAAAAACUAAAAAAACAUUAUGUUGGUUGAAUAGCUUCUGUAAUGUUUCCACCAAUUACACACAAACACACUCGCCACUAAGCACUCACACAGGUGGGGUUAGGUUUGGGUCUGUCGAAAAAAAACUAAUUAGCCCAAUGUUUCUGUUCCAAAAUAAUGAUUUACAACUUGUUUUACUGUUAAAUUGAUUUCAACAAAUCUUUAUUGCAUCCUUUUUUUUUUAACUGUUCAAUGUUAUAUCUGGCUAGAAUAUCAGUUUCAGUUUGUUAUUCUAUACUGCCUUGUGUUCGGAUCGCUCUCCCCUUUAUGAGUGUCUCAUAUCAAAAUGAUGUUUUGUCAACGCAAAACUGUGGUCAUGGUUAUGUGUUCCUAAACGAAAUUGAGACAGUGUGAGCAGCACUGUGUAUGUGCCUUGAGCUUCAGAAAGUGAGAAUUCAAGACGGUGAUUCCUCACCUCGUAUUUGAUGAGGAAGGUAUAGAAUCCACUAACAGUCCGUUACCAUACAGAGUACGCAGACUUUUUAACGGCCACAAGACCAGUAAUAAAAAGUAGGACUUUAACACAAUGUCAUUCUAGGGACCUGUACUCCUCUGAUCAGCUUGUAGACCCGACAGAGGACAUGUACAUGGUGGUGGUGCUCCUCUUGUUUCAGAAUGCCGCCACCAAAGCCCCUGUGAUAACACACAAUAAAACACACACACACACACACACACACACACACACACACACACACACACACACACACACACACACAAACUAACAUAC